CGAGACGUUUGGCGUUACGUCAUGGCGUAUCCCAGAAAUCGGUUUGGCGCAUCUUGAGGAAAGCAGGGUUGCAUCCAUGGAUUUUAAUAAAGCAAGAGACAAUCCUGAAUUCCCGAAAACAAUUCUGUGGACAGAUGAAUCUCAAUUCACGAGAGACGGCAUCGUGAACUGUCGUAAUUUACAUAAGUGGUGCCCAAAAGAUGAAAACCCUAGGCUGAAAAGGGCUUCAACAUUUCAAGUGAAAUUUUCUGCAAAUGUGUAGGCCGUACUGAUUGACAACUUUUUGAUUGGUCCAAUAAUACUUCCGAG